AUGUCAGAUAUCAUUGUGGAAGCACUCGUUUAUUUAUUUGAAAAUAGCCAUUUCCAAACACCGAAUGAAUUCCGGUUUUGGCCUGCUACAACAGAACACGAUGAAUUUGAAAAACACUUGGUGAGUUCUUUCUACAACAAAAUUUCAAAAGAAGACAACAGAGUUUUCUGGGACAAAGGAAGUACAUAUUCGUUUUCACAAAUUGUGCUCAUUGACCCGGAACUGCAUAGUAUUGAAGAGGAUGCCGUGGGAAACGUAGCGUUUGAAAUGCUUCAGACACUGCUUAAUCAACAAAUAUUGAUUUCCUUACCAACAAAUGUGCAUAUGGCCUUUGAAACAAGUGUUGGUGAGAUCGUAAAAAGAAAGACUAUAAGAAUAGUGCAGUUUUUUAUCAAAUAUUUCUUGCCAAACCUUACACUUUUCGGUGGAAAUCCUGAUAUAGAGAGAAAAAGAGAUUCUGUGACACGAUUUAUGUUAAAUAUGGUUUCAUCGUCAACUGAGGUCCGAAACAACGUCUGCAAAACUGCGUGUAUUCCAACAGAACCACAUACAUCCCUUAAGUUACCAUCAGACCUUGUUUACAAACAGUCCAAGAUUGCUGUGUUGUUUGACGUAGAUGAUGAGAGAUUCCCAUGUGAGCCUUUUCAUGAAAUAUUGACGGAACUCGGAAUGAUGAGCAAUACAAUGCCCGAUGAAAUAUUGAUCGAGAGAGUGAGAUCGGUGUGUUUAAAGAAGUGCUCACAGUGUGCAUAUGAAAGAUGUUUUCAUUUAAUGGAAUAUCUUGAAGACAAUGCCGGAGGUGAUACCUGUAUAGAACAAAUGCAGGCAAUACCUUUCCUUCCAGUAAUGCAAGCACCAGAUGAUUGGAAAUUUCCCUGGCAUGGAAGUUCUUUAAACGCUGUUGGACAUUUAUGUGAAAAGCAUACGCAUACAAAACAAUCUUUUGUAUUUUUAAAACCAACUGAAUUGUUCAUAAGUGACAAUUUAAAUCUUGUGGGAUGCCAUUCCUUCGUUGUUGAGCAGAAUUUAUGGAAGCGUGUUUGCAAUGAACUUAAAACUAAGCUUGAGUUAAAGAGAGUAAAACCCAACGAUAUAAGUAUUGUUGUUGACCAGUUACGGAUCAUGUCGAAAUCGAAUGCGUUUGAUGUCACAGAGCUGGGAGUUAAACCGCUUUUGAAUGUUUACAGUUUUUUAGAGAAUUACUUCGAAGAAAACACCCAUGAUCCCGGUUCUAUUGCAGAGUCACUUAGAACAAUGUCCAUCGUGAUGAUCGAAAAUAAGUUUGUUUCGAUUAAAGAUGUUGCUAAGUGCCAUUCUGUGGACUGCAAGCCUUACCUGUAUGGUUUAAACGAUUCUCCUAUCAGCAGAUAUUGUCAUUUGUGCGAUUGGUUGCAAAUCAAAGACACAUUUAGCGAAGAUGAUGUUGUAAGCGUACUGCGUGCUCUUCAAAACAAACACAAUGGGGUUGCUUUAAAAGACCAAGAUCUUGGACUCGUCAGGCGUCUUUUGGAAUGUCUUUAUAUUGUGCUUAAAGUCUCCGAUCGGGAUUGGCAAGAUUUCGAGGUUAAGGAUGAACAGAUUUUCCUGCCAGAUAUUGAUAAAAUUCUGAGGUCAAGUAGAGAGUUGUGUUUUGACGAGUUUAAUUCGACAGAUAUUAGUGAUGAAGAUUUUUUCUACGUUCAUACAGACAUUCCAGAAACACACGCAAAAUUAUUUGGCGUUAGAUCCAUUAAACAACAGAUUUUGUCUGAAACAGACGCAUUUGAGGAUUGGGGACAGGAGGAACCACUCACUAGACGCCUUAAAGUCUUGCUGGAAGAGGGAUAUGUCGAUGGGUUUUCUGUUGCAAAAGAACUCCUCCAAAAUGCUGACGAUGCAGGGGCUUCGAAAUUGUACUUUUUAUAUGACGAAAGGACAAAUGAAUCCAAACGUUCAUCUUUGCUUUGUGAAGAAAUGAAAAGUGCUCAUGGGCCUGCAUUGUGGGUCUACAACGACGCAGAAUUUUCUGAUGAAGAUUUUGUAAACAUUACAAAACUAAACGGCGGUACAAAAGAACAGGAUACUAGAAAAAUAGGGAAAUUUGGGCUAGGGUUUUGCUCUGUUUACAAUAUCACGGACUUGCCUAGUUUCGUGUCUCGACACAACUAUGUAGUAUUUGAUCCGCACAUGCGAUACAUUCAUUCAAUUAUAACAGGCAAAAGCCCAGGACUGAGAAUAGACUUUUCAAAACCUAAGAAUGCACGUGUAAUGUCUCGAAUGAGAAACCAGUUUGAAAUAUUUGACGAUAUAUUUGGGUGCAACAUAACAAGGCUGGGAUCUCCCUUUUUUAAAGGUACUUUAUUUCGAUUACCUCUACGCUUACAUGCGAGUGAAAUAUCUCAGCAAGUGUAUGGAAGAGACGAGGUGAUAUCCCUCUUUCAUAAGAUAAAAGAAAUGGCACCAUUGAUGUUCAUUUUCAAUCAAAAUGUUAAGGAAUUCAAGUUGUAUCAUAUGAAAAAGGGUGACUGUGUUGAUUACCGAGAGGUUUUUUCAAUACAAAAACAGUCCCUGAUCAUAUCGGCAAAUCCAAGCUUAAACACAAACGUCGUUGAAGAGGCUUCAAGAAUGAAGGAAGAUCUUGAACUUGAAACAUCAUCACUAAGGGUAUUAGAAAAUGUUCGCAUUGAAUCAACGACUCUCGAAGAUGAGCAAAUUAAAUUUUCCUCAAGUGAAAACUGUUAUAAUUGGAGUGUGUCCUGGGCGACGGGAAAUAGCAAGGCGACGUUAGAUAUGACGACGAAAGAAAGAGGAUGCCUUCCAGUUGGUGCGACGGCAAUACCAAUUGAUAACAGGUUAAUAGUUGAAAAUUCGACUUUAGCAGAAAUAAAUACACAGGAAUAUAAAUCUUUGGAAAUUGGGCAGUACUUCUUCUUCCUUCCACUACCAAUCGUGAGCCCAUACAAAUUCCAUAUAAACGCACAGUUUAGUGUAACAUCAGACCGGCGACAUUUUAGAACGUCAACUCAAGAUGAUAUUGGAAUAUCAUCUGCAGUAGGGAAAUGGAACACAUGUCUCAUGUCAGAUGUUGUAGUACGAGCAUUGUUAUUUCAUCUGGAGGGCUUUGGUAAGGCGGCUUAUCAUUUAUGGCCAACGGACAGCAAAAGCGACCUUGAAACUGCGUUUUCUGAUUCAUUUUACCGAGAUGUAAUUGAAGGGGAGCAGGAUUUUAAAGUAUUUGAAAACGAUGAAAGGCUUCUAGCUUUUUCGGAAGUUAUCUUUUUGGAUCCUACGAUUCGAAACAACAGUCCGGUUGGACAAAUAGUAUUUGAGUUUCUUUCAGACAUAUGCACGGAAAAUGUUUUAGUCGAUAUCCCUGAGCGGAUUUAUGAUAUUUUGGUUAAAACAAAUGCGAACGUUGUCGAGAAGAAAACAAUUUCUUAUAAAACAUUUGUUACAAAGUACUUUUUACCAAAGAUCGACGCAUUUAAAGACAGUGGUAAAAGGAAUUCUGUCAUGUUUUUUGUCCUGGGAAAAGAAAUUGAGGAUGAUAUAAGAAGGUCCAUAAUGGCUACGCCAUGUAUACCUGUCAAACCUAAAGGUGUAUUAAAACGACCAUCUGAAAUAGUGGAUCCUUCAAAGCAUUCAUCAUUGAGUUCAUUAUUUGAGGAGAUCGACGAAAGGUUUCCAACUGAUCCGUAUUCAACAUUCGCCUGCAUUGAAAAAUUAGUAACUCUGGGUAUGAUGCAAUCUACUUUACCUCUCGACUUGAUACUAGACCGGGCGAAGUCGGUCUUAGUGAAAUGUGAUAUUUGUGAUGUGUGCGCACAUGAGCGUUCUGAAAAUAUUUUACAAUAUCUUGAAAACACAGCACUCAACUCUGAGGACUCUAAUUCACUUACCAACGAGUUGAAACACAUUCCUUUUGUCACCGCCUUACCCAGACCAGAAUACUGGGAAUUCAGCUGGUUUACAUACAAUUCUGAAACAGAGAGUGAGACAACAUGCGAAAAGCAUGAUUGCGAAAAUGCAAAUAAAAUGGCUUACGAGUUCUACAAACCUGAAGGUAUGUUCGAACAUGAGUCAAAACAUCUUUUGGGGUGCCAUUCCAAAAUAAUGGAAAGAAGAUGCAAGAUACAUUUGAGAAAAAUAUUGGGCAUUGUUUGUCCAGACGAGGAUAUUGAAAUUGGUGAUUUCAUUCAUUUACUUAUAAAACAAUUGGAGACAAUGCAGAAAUCUUACCAUCAUAAUCCGUCAAAUUUUAAGAUUGGAAGUUGCGUAAGUGAUGUGUACCGCUGCUUGGAUAAGUGUCUUCGUCGCAUAAAAGAGAGUCGAAACCUGACUGAUGUAAAGGCGUUACGCUCAAUGCCGAUUAUAUUUGUUGGUGACCGUUUCAUUGCCUCUACAGCUGUUGCAAGACACCUUCAUUCAGAAUGUAAACCUUAUCUCUACAAACUGGAUGACAGCAUAAUUUGGAUAUAUUCAGACCUGUGUGCCGUCUUAGACAUUAAAGACCGUUUUUUACCCGAAUUUCUAGUACACAUUUUGAAUCAAUUUUUCGAAGCCAAAAAAAGAGAACAACUAACUGACGCCGAACUUGCUCUGUGUAAGAAUCUUUUAGAGGUUCUUACAUAUGAAAUAAAACACACGAAAGGUAAUGAGAUACCCACUGAAGUUCUUGAAAAGCAAAUAUAUCUGCCGGAUUACGACAAGAUGCUUUGCCUUUCUAUUGAAUUGUGCUUUAAUGACUUUGAUGCAAUUCCCAAAAGUGAUAACAUGAGAUACGUUCACGAAGGUAUUUCGAAAGAGGUGUGUAAAACAGUUGGUGUAAAGAAGAAGAAGGUGGUGCAUUUAAUUGAAAACUCGGAGGAUAUUGAGGAUUUUUACCAAGCAGAACCAUUACUUACCCGGAUAAAAAGUCUGAUCGAAGGAUAUCCUUUAGACAGUGGAGUGUUAAAAGAAUUGUUACAAAACGCAGAUGAUGCACAUGCAACAGAGAUUUGUUUCAUUUUAGACAAAGAUACCUACUCAGACAAAAAUCUGUUUUCAAAAUCCAUGAAACCUCUUCAAAACCCUGCUCUCUGUGUGUAUAAUAACAUGCCUUUCACGCAAAAUGAUUUGAUUGGUAUUCAAAGACUGGGACAGGGAAGUAAAGAUGAUGAUCCUUCGAAGAUUGGCAGAUACGGUGUUGGUUUUAAUUCUGUCUAUAAUAUAACUGAUGCACCAUCCUUUUUGACGAAAGGAAACGUUGUCCCAAAUAAGGAAACGCUUUGCUUUUUCGACCCUCUUGCUAAGUAUAUCCCAGAUGUAUCAAUACGAAAACCUGGGAAACGAAUAAAGAAUGUACAAUCGUUUCGUCGUCCUCAUAAAGCAGUUUUUGAUGGCUACCACGAAGACCUAUUCAUCGCAGAUACGGGAACAAUGUUUCGAUUUCCAUUGCGAUUUGAACCCUCUGAUAUUAAGGACGAACCAACUAGCGUUUCAGAUAUCGAGUCGUUAUUAGAAGAAUUCCAAAAAGAUCUCAAAACGGUUCUUCUGUUCCUUAGGAACAUACAGAAAAUAACUAUCGGGGAAAUCAAAGGUGGUAAAUUUCAGGAAACAUGUAAAGUACAAGUAGUAAUUGAUAAAGAAGCUAAAGCUGCAAGAGAUUCAUUCACAAAUAAAUACAACAAUCUGUGUCAUGUGUAUGAGGAAAAUACAAACGUUGCGAUUGAUACAGAACAGUAUUUAGUAUCGUAUAACAUGAUUAUUGAUGUCACUACUUCCUUUUACUCGGACAGAAAGACUUACAUUAUUUCACAAGCCUUAGGGUUUAAAACGAAACCAGAUGAAUCCUUAAGAAAAAAAAUGAUACAACGUCAUAUAAAAAUGAUUCCUGUUGCAGCCGUUGCGUACAAUCUUCAAGAAAGUGUAGACCCGCAUAGUAAUGUUCACUGUUUUCUUCCUUUACCAGUUUCUUCUGGACUACCAGUAUACGUGCAUGGUUAUUUUGCACUUGAUCAUGAAAAUCGACGCUCAUUGUGGCAUGACAAGAACGACGAGACGUGCCACAAAACUAUGUGGAACUCACAAAUUAUAAAGAACGUGUUAUGCCAAGCUUAUGUGAACCUUUUCUGCGUUGUUCGUCAACUUCGUUCGGUGAAAAUGACUGGUUUUCACGACGACGGAUUGAUUGAUCGUACUGUAAAUUCUGUAAUGACAGUUUUGCCACGCACCAAAGACGUUCAGCAGUAUUGGAAACUCCUUACAAAGUCGGUAUACCAAGAAUUUGUCUUUCGAGAUGAACCGUUUUUACCCUGCUGUAUGAAGAAGGUUCAGUAUGAGACAAUAGUGCGUUUGAUAAGCAGGAAGUUCAUCAUCACUUCUCUUUCUUGGCUUAGUUUAAAACACCCAGCAGACCAUUUUCCAACUUACAAUAGUGUAGAAUCCGAAGAUCAUGCAAAGUUCUCAGAAUCUAUAAUUAAUAACAUAUUAAGAAAAGUUGGAAUGAGAAUUGUAUAUAUAGACAAAGCUGUUCAAGAAUCGAUGCAAGAAGCGGGCGUUCCUUUACUUGAUCUUACUCCAAGACUUGUAGUGGACUUCCUGUGUUCACAUGAUGCAGCUUUGAUAGGUGGCUGUUCCAUUAAAACAAAUGUUGAUGUAUCACUUUCAUCUCUGGAGUCUUUAGAGAACAUAAAUCGAUUGCUUGGUUUUAUUUUCAAAGAACCUGAAUACCUUCUCAAUAAGUUUGUAAAGCUCCCGUUGAUACUUUGUCAGGAUAACGUUGUGCGUUGUCUGAACAUGGAUUGCUUAUUUGUCACAAACUUCACUGACUUUUUCCCGAAAGAACGAAACGUUUUUCUUCACAAGAGAGUUUUUGCCAAACACAGGCAACAAUUUGAAAAGUUAGCCAAACACGGUUCGCUUAACUUGAAAGUGUUCACUAUGGAAGACUUCAGUAAACUUGCCUAUAGUUCAGAUAUAGUUCGGACUAUUAUUGGAGAAUAUAUUUCAUGGGACACAGCGAAACUUUCUGAGGAUUGGAUAUCGACGUUUUGGCAGUUCUUUACAACAUGUGUCACCUCUUUUGAAAGUAAAGAAGAUGAAUCUGACGUGAAAAAAGAAACAAAAUCUAACUAUCAAAAGGAAACUUCUGCGGUAUUGAAUUAUAUUCAAGAUUUUGCCCUAGUACCAGUAAUACACGCUAAAGAAAACAAACUGUGUCCACCAAAGUUGUUGCACACCCUAAUUGAUAUUAAAACGUUUUCUUUAGAGACUCAAAAUGUGCUACAAAAGCUAGACAUCCCAGUCCCACAUGACGUUUUAUGGUGCAACGCAACUGCUUCCAUUUCGACUGCAUUAAAAGAUCUUUUAGGGUUUAGCAUACCUGCUUUUGCCCACCCAGAUACUGUUAUUGAGUGUCUUUUUUAUCACAAGCAACUUUUAUUUAUGCCGCAGUUUUCAAAUGAGGAUGCCGAAAAUUUACUUAGAUAUUUUAAUGACAAUUUACAAGUCGGUAGGGGAAACUUGGACAAACUGAAAUCAUUGCGAAUAUUUGUGUCAUAUUCUGGAGAAAUAUCUGCUAUGAGUGAAAGUAAAAUGGCUUGUAUUGUUUCUCCGUCAAUGCCAACAUGUGGAAUCAAAGAAAUCAUGAAAGAAAACCGUGUCCUGCUUAUACAAAAGGACGACAGUUUGAGUAGGUUGAUGAAUAUGUUACAACUGGUGGAAGAGAAUGUCUUUGACAUCUAUGUACGUUUCAUUUUGCCGAUGCAUAAUGUAAUGUCGUGUGACGAUUUCUAUUCUCAUGUGUUGUAUUUAGCAGAAAUAAUAAAUCAAGAUAAAAAACUACAAACACCGAAUGAUCGCAAUAUUAUUGAGUUACUCAAAAGAACUGCCUUUAUAGUUACACUGGAUGGACGCAAAAAAGUGAACGAGUUAUUCGAUAAAGGUCACAUAGUGUUCAGUGAACUGUGUAAGGAAUCUGACUUUUUACCGCCACGUUUGAGAAAGGAUGGAUCCGUUUCGGCAUUGAUGAACACAUUGGGUUUAAUCACAGAGCUGACAAUCGACUUAUUCGAAAGGUUUGGCCACCAAAUAGCUGACUCCAUCAAUGGGAAUUCUAUUCCAAUGGAGACACGGACGCAAUCAUAUCUACUUCUGAACCACUUAUUUCAGAUGUCUGACGACUUCUUCAAUAGAAAUCAGUUUCAAACACUUUCAAAAAUUCCAUUUAUUAUACCUUACCGAGCCAGUGAGAGGCUUUGUCGAAUUGCGGCAUGUGGAAUUCAUGAAGAAUUAGCGCCAAUUAACGGAACAGUAGUUCGUCAAAAGAAAUACAUAUGCUGGUCGACCUCGCAGAUAAUUCCAAUUAAAGUACAUAGAGAGGUUGUUCGGUCGAAAUUGCACAUCUUGUCAAUGCCAUCGACUGAUCACUGGAUAGAACACUGCAAACGUGUUGGAAAUACUUUACACAGGAGUUUAAGUCACUGUCCUAAUGCUGUUGAGCGUAGACUUGUUACAAAAGUAAUGGAAGAAAUUUAUAGAUCAGCGGAGUAUUACCAUUCAAACUGCGAUCUCAAGGCUAUCUUCAAAGACACACCACUUAUACAUUUCCCAGAAAAGAACAUGAUUGUACCCGCCAGCAAUAUUGUUCUUGACUGUACAGCUUUCGAUGAAAUUAUUCCAUAUGUAAUGGGAGCGCCAGCAUUUUAUGGCAAACACUUCCAGGCCUUCGUAAAGUUAGGUGCACAUGAGACUACUUUAGUCCAUUGUUAUUCAGCAGUUCUUUCUGAAAUGAGACAUGACGAAGAGCUUCUGCCUCUAGAAUUAUCAGCUGCUAAACGUGCCAUGUCCAAAUUGAUUGAUGUGCUUAAACGUCAGCCAAGUGGAAAGCCUGUGGAUAUAAAGCGGUUGUCAUUGUUAUGUACUGAUAAAAUUAUCAGAAAAUCAAACAAGACAAUUGUCAUCGACAACAGCUAUUACGAAAUAAGGCUAAAACGUGCCAAGUUUUCUUAUCCGUGUGUAUACGGAAUGGACAUGAAUGAUGAUACAACUUUAUGCGAGUGCAUAGAAAAACUCCCGUCAUCGUUAAGGCCGCAUUUACUAUCUGAGAUGGUAAUAGAAGACAUUGAUUUAUCAAGAAGGGUGCCCAAUUCUGACACACGUGUCACCGAAAUACAGCAGUAUCUGCAUUCACAAUUAUUCCAGAAUGCCAUCCUGAGGUUAGCCAGACAUGGUUAUUUAAGACAGUUCAAAAAAGAGUGGCCAGAUGUUGUAAAGGCUACAAUUGUGAGCGAACUUCAAAAUCUGCGAGUAGUGUCUGUAAGAGGAAUAUUCACAAUCAUCAAAAUGUACUCUAUUGAAACUGGAACUAAAUGUAGUUUACGAAUGGUACCACACACACAACGUUCCAAAUACGUACAUAUGCAAAACAAUACCGGUUGUACAGAAAUGUUUGUUGAGGUUUUGCAACGGCCUAUUUGGAAGGAGAAACUCCACGACGAAUUAUUUAAAUUCUUUAGCAAAAUAACUAAGCGGUCAAUUAACGAAGAUCUGCGUUACUUAUUGGUGAAUCUUUUAAGAUCUUCAAACACACGAGAGGAAGUUAAUGAACUAUUUGAAAUAUCCGACAUUAUACCUUACGAUUCUGAGUUAGAAGAGGACUCAUUAUGUCCAACACCAGGAACAUACGUUCCGAAACAUCUGCAUCGACAUUUAGAUAAUGAUUAUGGGGUUAUUCAAGAGUAUGAAUUCAAUUUCAUUGCCUACUUGGUUGAUGACCCAGCUCUCAAAGACAAUGACGCAGACGAUUGUUCACCGACCUAUAUGUUUGUUCGAGUUACGAGGCGAAUACCAGACACCGAAAGAGAGCCUCUUCUAAUGCAAGAAUAUGAAAUCGACUGCGGAGAAAGCGAGUACGUUACAGUAAAGGCAUAUCUUCUGUACAAAUUUGUCCGAAAGGAAGCUGUUAACAUGUCUGGUGAAAGAGAUGUAGUAAUAUAUGAUAGAGAAUCCAACAAAGAGGAAACAUCAUUUGUACAAGAACAUUCAUUGAAAGAAAUCUGUAGUGAAAUCAGACUAGAACUUAUUGAUGCCUGGCAGAGAAAUAAAAUCGAUCGACGGCACAUUGUAUUACGUUUGAAGCUGAAAUGGCACCCAGACAAAAAUCCAGACAAAAUACAGUUGACAACAAAGGCGUUUCAGUAUUUAGAACACUGUAUUCGAAUACUUGAAAGAGGUGAACAUGUUCCAGAAUAUGAAGGCGACGAUGAAGACUUCGUGGAUGGGGGUCGAGAUUCCGGCGGAUCUUCGUCCUGGUGGGAGCGAUCCUGGAGAAGGCGCAGAGAAAGUUACGCUGACGAAGAUUGGUUUCCACGGGGAAGGAGAGCGGGAGGCGGCGGAGGAGGAAGGGGAUAUUCAGGUGAUGGAACGCACGGCGAUCCAUUUGAAGAGUUCUUUUCUAGGGAGGAAAGAGAACCAUAUCACUUUUAUAGCGAGGCUAUUCGGUGGCAGGAGCAGGCUGAUUCAGAUCUUCGAGAAGCAGGUAGAAGUAUACAAGACUUGGAAGUUGCAAACAACUGGAUCUGCUAUAAAGCACACCAGGCGGCUGAAAAAUCGCUGAAGGCAGCCUGGUACGCCAAGGACGCAAACAAAAUUGGCAUUAUCAAAAACAGUCAUGAUUUGGAUUGCAUCGCCCUUGGUCUUGAUAAUGAAUUGGAGUCGCUCGCCAGACAAAUUACAAGCAUUUCUGGUCAUCAUACGCGCAUGCGUUACCCAGAUACCAUGUAUGGUACAAUUCCUGCGCAUGCGUAUACACGAUCAAAUGCAGACAUGAUGACUUCUUUAUCAAGAUCUUUAAUUGCACAUGUGCAAAGUAGUUAUCUGAGGUAAAAACACUGAGUUGUUGAGAUGAUAGACACAACUGUGAUGUUGAAUUGUUAAUUUACUUUUUUGCAUUAUUUGUAACCUGCUUAUAAGGAAAACUAUAAUUGAUGUAUUGACUCGAAUAUUGUUAAAUUGUUAUUCAUGUAUUACUGGUUUAGUUGCUCAUUCGUAGUUUAGGUUAUAAACAUGUAUUUGCCAGUUUCUAAGUAAGACUAUGUAUAUAUAUAUAUAUAUUAAUAAGAAAAAUAAUAUGAUUUUGCAAAAUAUAUUUUAAAGGUCUUUGUAUUGUUACUCGCCAGUGUACAUAACGGAGCAGAUAUAACCUGUCAGGUUUAAUAAACCGAUAUGAGUUUUUCAGCUUAAAUUUGCAUUGUUUUAUUUGAUGAUGUAUUUACUUUUUAUACAUUUCGUUAGGUGCCAUAGCUUUAACUGUAUUCGUAUGAGAGUCUAAUGGUAAAAAUUGUAUUACUAUAUGACUGUAUGUUUCCAACAAUUUUCCGUCUGCUUAUUGUUCAGUGACUUAUGUAGAUUGUUUGCUUGUUAAUGUGGCCCUUUCAAUGCAAAUAUGUUAAUAUUUCCCUUGCCGAUAUGUGUCAUGUUGUAAGCCGCAUGCAAAUAGAUAAACAUUUGUUUUUGCAUUUGUGAUAUACGAUUAAUUUUAGUGUAAUUCGAUAAUUACUUUAAGUAAAUUAAUGUUUUCGUGAUACAUACAUUAUGUCAUCGAAAUCAAAAUCAGUUGUUGACAUUUUUUGAACAGAAUAUUCUUUAAUUUUAAUCCAAUCCUUUGUUCAAGUUAAAAGUCCAAACAUCUUACUAUUUGAACGAGGUAAGCAAACUAUGAAACUAGAAAUCAUUAGCUUUAAAGCUUUCUUGUAUCAACACAUUAUAUUUUAUCAUAGUGCAAGUGAUAUACAAACAUAUAAUUCACGUAGUGAUAAAUUUAUGUUAUUUUCAAUUGAUUAGCAAUUUAUACACUGUUUUAACUUAUUGAACUGUAUACUUAUUUUUGUAUAUAUUUGUACUAUUUGAUUGACAAAUAGUGCACGAAUUUAUCUGAACACUUACAUUUGUUAUAUUUAAUUGCAUAUAUUUACAAUGUUUAUAUUAUGUACUGUUGUAUGUUCAUGAUUGUAGAAAUUACUUUCUUACUUCAUUGCAAACUAUAUUUUGAUUAUUCUGUAAUGGAAAGUUUCACAAUGUUAUAUGUAAAUAGGGUCUUAAUGUGUUAGUAGAAUAAUACAAUCAGCAAAAGUUUCACAAUGCUAUCAGUAUAUAACGUUUUAAUGUGUCCAUAUGAUAAUACUUCAGUGAAAUGUUUCACAAUGCUAUCAGUAUGUGCCCAUAUGAUAAUACUUCAGUGAAAUGUUUCACAAUGCUAUCAGUAUGUGCCCAUAUGAUAAAGAUAAUACUUUAGUGAAAUGUUUCACAAUGCUAUCAGUAUGUGCCCAUAUGAUAAUACUUUAGUGAAAUGUUUCACAAUGCUAUCAGUAUGUGUCCAUAUGAUAAUAUUUUAGUGAAAAGGUUAACAAUUAUUUCUGUAUAUUUUGUCUUAAUGUGUUAGUAAAAAAAUACAAUAAUGAAAGAUUUCGUAAUGCUAUCUGUAAAUAGUAAAUUAAUGAGUUAAUAGGAUAAUGUAAGAAUCAAGAGUUUUCACAUUGAUAUCUGUAUAUAGUGUCUUAAUCUGUUAAUAUAAUUAUACUAUAAGGACAUAUUUCACAACGAUGUAUAUAACAUUGGUUGCGUUUGAGUUUAAAGUACAGUUUAUUAAACAGUAUUUGUCCCAUGAUACAUAAUUAGUUAAAGUGAUUUUCUAUGAGUUUUUAUACUAUUUGAAACCUAUGUAAUGUGUGUUAUUGUUUAAUUAGGAAUGUCCAUUCAUAAUACAUGUAUGAAUGAUGGUGUACAAUAAGUUCAAAUCAUGCAUGUUUCCUAUUGUUUUUCAAGCUGCUUUUUAUCUUAUUGGUCUUAACAAGCUAGUGUUAUUAAGGUGGUAUUAAUUUCCGACGUUUUAAUUAAAACAAUAUGUUUCUGUGUUGUAAAUUACAACCAAUGAUUAAAUAUCUUGUUUUCGUGUUAGGCUGGACCGCAUUCUGUUUUUUUCUGUAAUAACUGCCAGAAAUCAGUAUGUAGUAUUAAUAUUUGUCCAGUAAACUGUAAACAGAAUAUCAAAAUGUACAUGACAUAAAUAAUUGAAAUAUAUAAUUACCUGACAUCGAUAAUUGUAUAUUUGAUAUAUAACAGUAGAAUUAUGUUGCUAUGUUUUCGUGUUACGCGGGACCGCACAUGUAUUUCUGUACAGAAACUGCAUGAGUGAUAUUAUAUGUUCUGUAAACUGUAAACAGGCGAUAUAAUUUACGAAACAAAUAUUGAACCAUUACCUACUUUAAUGUAAAUAAGUUUAUGUUACAAACGUUUAAUCGUUUUAUUGUAAUGAAACUCUGUCUGUUUUCAUGUUAGGCUGGACCGCAUGCUGAUUUCUGUAUAAAAUGACAGAAAGCAGCGUGUAGUAUUAAUAUUUGUCCAGUAAACUGUAAACAGACCAUACGUAUGACAUCACGUUGAGUAGUGAAUAUACUUAAUACACGUUUGUUAAUUGUGCAUAUUUAAUAUUAAAAUAAUCUGCUCUGUUUUCGUGUUACGCAGAACCGCACGUGUAUUUCUGUACUCUGUGACAGAUAACAGUACGUGUUGUAUUAUUGUUCUGUAAACUGUAAACAGAUAAUAAAAUUAUCUAUAAUAAUUAUUAUUUUUAUACUGUAAUUAAGUUUUUAUUAUAAACGCUUAAUCGUUUAAUUUUUAUGUAAAACAGUCUGUUUUCGUGUUAGGCUGGACCGCAUGGUGUUUUUCUGUAUAAAUGGACAGAAGACAGCAUGUAGUAUUAAUAUUUGUCCAGUAAACUGUAAACAGAUGAAUCAUUUACAUCACUUAAAUGUGUUAUAUACUUGACACACUUUAGUUAUUUGUGUAUAUUUUAUGUUAAAAUAAUCUGCUCUGUUUUCGUGUUACGCAGGACCGCACGUGCAUUUCUGUACUUUGUGACAGAAAACAGUACGUGUUGUUUAAAUGUCCCGUAAACCAUAAACAGAUUGUAUAAUUAUUUAUGAUAAUUAUUUUUAUGAUACUGUAAUUCAGUUUUUGUUAUACAUGCCAAAUCGUUUAAUUGUUAUGUUAAGCUGUCUGUUUUUGUGUUGGGCUGGACCGCAUGGUGUUUUUCUGUUUAAACGGACAGAAACAGCAUGUAGUAUUAAUAUUUGUCCAGUAAACUGUAAACAGAUUUAUCAUUUACCUCACGUAAACAAUGUAUAUAUGUAAUACCCUUUUUGUUAAUUGUGCAUAUUUAAUAUUAAAAUAAUCUGCUCUGUUUUCGUGCUACGCAGAACCGCACGUGUAUUUCUGUACUUUGUGACAGAUAACAGUACGUGUUGUAUAAAGGUUCUGUAAACUAUAAACAGAUAGUAUAAUUAUUUAUAAUAACCUAGUAUUAUUAUUUUCAUAAUACAGUAAUUCAGGUUUUGUUAUAAACGCUUAAUCGUUUAAUUGUUAUGUAAAACAGUCUGUUUUUGUGUUAGGCUGGACCGCAUGCUAUUUUUUCUGUAUAAUCGGACAAAAAAAGCUUGUAGUAUUAAUAUUUGUCCAGUAAACUGUACACAGAUCUGAUACUUUACAUGACGUUAAAAGUGUACAUACUUAAUUUUCCAGAUUAUUGCGUAUAUGUUUAAUCAAAAUAACUCGCUCUGUUUUCGUGUUACGCAGGACCACUUGUGUAAUUCUGUACAGACACCUGUAUGUGUAAUAUAAAUGUUUUGUAAUAUGUUAACAGAUACUAUUAUUACCUUUUAUAAUAUAGUCAGUAAGUUUAUGUUUCAAUCGCUUAGUAAUGUCAUUGUUAUAUAAAACAUUAUGUUUUCGUGUUAGACUGGACCGCAUUUCUGUUUGAUCAGUCUAAACUGAAAGGAAACGGCAUGUAGUAUUCAUAGUUGUCCAGUAAACUGUUAGCAGAUCAUUUAAACAAGAGGACAUAUUUGUUUUACUUUUGAUUAGUUUUAGAUUAGUUAGCUCAUCGGUUUUUUGUUACACUGGACCGCACGUGUAUAUUUAUACUGUGUUGCUGAUAACGAUAUGUGUUCUGGAAACUGUAAAUAUUUGCUUUAACUACCAUGACGUUGUAACUUCUUUUAUAUACAAUUAGCUGCUAAACUGUGAAUAAGUUAAUGUUACAAUCGCUUUAUCGGUUUAUUAUCCUUUAAAAAAUAAGUUUACGUGUUAGGCUGGACCGCAUUCCAGUUGUAAACAGUUAAUUUACUUAACAUUACGUAAAUAGUUGACUUAUUUUACUUUUGUUUAUUUUCUGACAUGGUCAGCUUUUACUGUAAUUUGUGUAAUUACUUCGAACUAUUUCUUUAUUUUGUUUCUUUCACUUGUUAAGCCUGUUUUACUCUAUAUUUUCAAAUGUAUUUGUUGCGGAUUUAUAAACACAUGAACACGCCGAGUGCGUAUGUACGACGUUGUGUAUUUGCACGUUAUUAUCGAAUAUGUGCGUAUGUAUGCAGUGUGUGUUUGCUUUUAGUUUGAUUGGUAAAGAGACACAAUUAUAUGAAUAAAACAAAAUAU